AUGGCCGCACAGAGCUUCCCCUUCACAGCCACAGCCCCGUGUGGCCUCCGCCUGCAGCGGGAGUGGCUGGAGUGGGAGGACCGACGGCGGGCAGCAGCCCAUCGCUGCUGCAGACACAGGGGCUCUACCGAGGCCCGGGCUUGGCGUGCCAGGCCCCGCCGCCGCCGCUGCGACUCCGCCGUGCACAGUGCACUGUUUGCUGGUGACCUACAGCAGGUGCAGGUGCUGUUCCAAGAUGAGGAGGCCACCAACGUGAUCCCGGAGGCUGUGAGCAAGCAGCUGGCCUGGGCGGCUGAGCAAGGGCUCUGGGUGCUAACCCCAACCAAGCAGACAGUGCCCCUCACCGUCACAGUGGCUAGAGGCUACACGGACUGCGCCCGCCACCUGAUCCUGCAGAGUGCUGAGCUGGACGCCCGUGGGCAGCCAGGCUGCCUGCGUGAGGCCUGCGCGCAUGCCCAGACUGUGAGGCUGCUUCUGGCCUUGCCCAGGGCUGCUGUGCUACCAGAGGAGGGAUCAGCACCGCUGCACCACCCCGGAGCCCCUGGAGUCAGUGACAGCCUGCAGCCACUUGAUGAACGCCUGUUCUGCUGCCCAGACCGUCCUCCUAAUGGCCGCUCCCAGCCCUACGGAGGGGCUCAUGCUUGGUGUGCCAAGCUUCUGCUGGACUCAGGGGCCACUGUGAACCUGGCGGCAGAGGACGAGGUGACUCCACUGCACGUGGCAGCCGCCCGGGGGCUGGAGGCUCACGUGGCACUGCACCUGGCACAGGGUGCCCAUGUGGAUGUGUGCACCGGCCGUGGGGAGACGGCAGAGUGCAGCGUGUGCUGGCGCUGAGCCUGGGGCUAAGGGCUGCAUGAGGCUGCUGUGCGCCGGUUACUGGAGGCUGGAGUGGACCCAUGCGUGGCCGGGUGCAAGCUCCACCCGCCUCUGCAUCAUGCAUGCGCGCACGGCCACAGCCACCUGGCCGAGCUGCUGCUGCGCUACGGGGCAUGUGCCAAGGCCCCCAACGCCUCAGGGCUCACGCCCCUAGAAUGCGCACUACAGGCCACGAGUGACACUGCCCUCGGGGCACCAGACAAGGAUUUUGAGGCUCUUUCUGACCCCAAGAUGCUGAAGCACUGUGCCAGCCGCCCAUGGGCCCUGGAAGUCCUGCUGAAUGCCUACCGCGUGCCGAGCUGUGACACCUGGCUACAGGCUGUGCUCCCGGAGGUGUGGCAGGAGCACGAAGCCUUCUACAGCUCAGCCCUGCGCGUGCUGAACCCACCACGGCAGCUGCAGCACCUGGCCCGCCUGGCUGUACGUGCCCAGCUUGGAGGCCGGUGCCUCGAGGCUGCUGCCCAGCUCUCACUGCCCCUGGCAACCCAGGACUUCCUGCUGCUGCGUGUGGAGGGCCACACUGAGUGA